AUGGCGAUGAUAGUGGAUGCUUUUGCAGGAAAGCUGGUGGAGAGACUGUCUAAGGUCAUUGAAGAGAAGGCCAUCAUGGUGUUAGGAGUCAAGGAUGAGCUCCAAAGACUCCGGCGGAGGAUGGAGAGGAUCGCACGUGUGCUCAAGGAUGCCGAGAAGAGGAAGAUCCAAGACGAGACUGUCAAAGGAUGGGUCGAUGAGCUGAAAGAUUUGAUGUAUGAUGCUGAUGACAUCAUUGAUCUUUGCAUGAUACAGGGUACUGGGCUUUUGCAAGAUGUUGAUCAUCAUUCUCAGCUGGCUGAGUCAAGCACUACCACUGCCUCAACAAGGGUACGCUGCUGUAACUUUACUCUGUUCUCUUGUGUGCGCAGUGUUCCAUCUCGCUAUGAGAUUGCUGAUAAAAUUAAAAGUCUGAAUGAUAAGCUAGAAGAGAUAUCUGAGGACAAGAAUAAGUUUAAUUUCAUAACUUCUUCUAACUCAAGUGAUGCACAUCCUAUGAAUGAAGCUUCUUAUCGCCAGAGUUCCUCCUUACCUGAACCUGAUGUUGUGGGUUGGGAUAUUAGAGAUGCUACUAAGAGUCUUGUUCAAUUAUUGGUCUCUCAGCCUGAAGAAAAAUGCCGUCUUUUUGCCAUUGUUGGCAUGGGGGGUAUAGGCAAAACAACACUAGCACAACAGAUAUAUAAUGAUCCAAAAAUAAAUGAUGCUUUUGUGUUGCGUUCAUGGAUUUGGGUUUCAAAAUCUUUCCCAUCAAGGAUUGAUUUGCUAAAAGAAAUCAUAAGAAAUAUUGGGGGUAAAUAUGGAGAGUGCACAACAAUCUCAGAGUUACAAAAUAUACUUUGUGAUUUCCUGUGUGAAAAGAGCUUAUUUCUAAUUUUAGAUGAUGUUUGGGAUGAGAACAUAUGGGUUGAUUUAAUUAAAAAUGCAAUAGAAAGAACAACAACUAAAUGCAGGGUUUUGGUCACUACAAGAGAUAGAAACACUGCGGUAAAAAUGGGGGCAACACAUAUCCAUCAUGUUAACAAACUGCCUUCGGAUGUUGGUUUGGAAUUGCUAUGCAAAAAAGUUUUCACAAACAAAAAUACACAAGAUAUGCAGAGACUAAAGGAUAUCGGGAUGAAAAUUGUUGAAAAAUGUGAUGGUCUUCCGGUAGCAAUAAAAGCCAUUGCCGGUGUUCUCGUAACAAAAAACCAAAAUAAAAGAGAAUGGGAGAAUGUGCUUAACAAAUGA